AUGACCUCGACGCGUAAUUCAACUUUCCCUCCAGAUACGUCGACCCAAAAAACGAGUGUAUAUCAAACUAGAGACAAUAAUGCGUCUUUUUCAUUACCUCCUUCCCCUCCUUCCCCUCCUAGUGUUAGAAAUUCUUUAGUGACUAGUAAUGUCAUUACAGGCCCUUUGAAUUAUGCAAAUAAUCAGUCCUUUCAAAUAGCGAAUCAACAAAAUGGAAACAUUGAAACUAAUAAUAAGGAUAGUAAUGCUGAAGAAUAUUUUACCAUUCGUCGACCAAAACGUUCUUCCAAUUCAUACUCUACUCUCGAAGUCACAAGCGAGAUUAUCGUCGAAGGAUGUCUUGUUGAGGGAACUGCUCUUCUAAAGGUUUCAUCAAAAAAGAAACAACAAAAAAUAUUCAGGAUCGACGUUGAACAAGGUCGAAUUCUAUGGGAUUCCAAAAAAUCUGGAAAAGUCAACAUUGAAAGUAUUAAAGAACUUCGAGUUGGUGAUGCGAUACGAAGUUAUAGGGAGCAUUUCAAGCUUAGUGCGGAUAUUGAGCCCCGAUGGUUCACCAUAAUUUAUGUUGAUUUUGGAAAAUAUAAAACUCUUCAUUUGGUCGCUCCGACCUUAGAAUUAUUUAAUAAAUGGGUUGAUAAUUUGGAAAAACUAUAUUUGCAUAGAAGAGAUGUGAUUGGAGGGUUAGGUCAUUUGAGAAAACGGCAUUCUUUAUGGCUGAAGCAACAUUGGAAGCAGGCUGAUAAAGACGGCGAUUCUAGAUUAGGCUUUGAUGAUGUCUCAAGGCUAUGCCGUCGUUUGAAUAUACACAUGUCAAAUGCGCAGCUUAGGAACAAAUUUAAUGAUGGUUGGCUUGAUUUUGCUGAUUUCCAACGAUUUGUGAAGUUAAUUAAGAAAAGGGAUGAACUGGAUAAACUAUUUAACUCUCUGGCAAAAGAGCGUGGUAAUAUUUUGACGCCGCGAGAAUUCAAAGACUUCCUUUGCACUUUGAAAGAAGAAGAAUGUGACAAUUUAUAUUAUAAGUUUUGUGAUAAAGACCUUAAAGAGAUGAAUUUAGAAGGAUUUAGCAGUUUUCUCAUGUCCAGCGAUAAUACCGUUUUUGCUUCAGAGCACGCCAAAGUCUAUCAAGACAUGUCACAACCAUUAAGUCAUUAUUUCAUCGAUUCUUCGCAUAAUACAUAUCUUUUAGGACAUCAGCUAACAGGUGAAUCCUCAAUCGAAGGAUACAUACGCGCCUUACAGAGGGGAUGUCGUUGUGUUGAAAUCGAUUGCUGGGAUGGAUCUGAUGGUCCCAUAGUUACCCACGGUCGUACAUUGGCAUCUAAAAUCAAGUUUCAAGAUGUUAUUUCGGCAAUCCGUGCCUACGCAUUCAAAACUAGUCCUUAUCCAAUAAUACUGUCAUUUGAGGUUCAUUGUUGUAUUGAGCAACAAAGUCAAAUGGCUUCCAUUUUACGCAACACUUUGGGUGAAUAUCUUGUCACUAAGUUCUUAUCGGAAAACGAAACAGAAUUACCGAGUCCUGCAAGUUUAUUGUACAAAAUAAUAAUAAAAGUAGGCAUUUUAUUGUUAAUGGGAAAAAAUCUCCCUCCUGAUUUAUCAGAAGAUUACAUCGACUCGGCUACCGACACUGAAUCUAGUACUGAAACUGAGUCAGAUGUUGAAUCAUCUAAAGAAAAAAAAGUUAAACCUAAGAAGACCAAAGUGCGAGUUGCAAAAGCUCUUUCAGACUUGGUAUUCUACUGUUCUUCUGUUAAGUUUAAAGGAUUCGAGCACCAUCGCGAGAAUUCGAAGUACUAUCAUAUGUCUUCCAUAACCGAUAGAGUUUCUUCACGGCUCCUGAAAUCCGGCAAAGCCGCUUUUAUUCGGCACAAUACGCGCCAUUUAACACGUAUAUAUCCGUCGGGUUUUAGGAUAAAUUCGUCAAAUUUUGAACCACAUCAUCAAUGGAUGGUUGGGAACCAAUUGGUCGCCUUAAAUUGGCAGACUUUUGGAAUGCAAAUCGAUCAAGCUAUGUUUUCUGUCAAUGGUAGGUGUGGUUAUGUACUCAAGUCAGAACGAUUGCGCCAUCCCGAAAUUUCUUCAUCUAUAAAUACACAUCCACAAACACAAACUUUGGAAAUUGAAAUAAUUUCUGCACAACAACUCCCUAAGCCAAAAGAUGCCCUCAAAGGUGAGGUAGUUGAUCCAUUUGUUGAAGUAGAAUUGCUCAUCCCUGGUGCCGAGGUUGUAAAAAAAAGAACUAGUACCAUUUCCGAUAAUGGCUUUAACCCUACUUGGAAUGAAACUUUAAAAUUUACAUUGAAUUGCGAAGAAAUGAGUUUGGUAUUUUUGCGAUUCGUUGUUUGGGACGAAUACGUUAGGGGUAAUGAUUUCAUUGCAUCUUAUUGCAUUCCCGUAGCCAGUUUACAAUUCGGGCAUCGUCAUGUCCCACUGAAUGAUUUAAAUGGCGAACAAUAUCUUUUUACUACUUUAUUUAUUCGUUCCUCUCUCGAAUUUACUCCCCCAUAUUUACUUGGUCUUUUACAAUUUCCCUUUUCUAAUAAAACCAUGGACACUAAUUAUGUUGUGUAUAAGAGAAACCGAAAAAAAGAACGUCAAUUCCAUGGGUAUAAUACACCACGUUAUGGGUAUAAAUCUAUGAAUAAUUAUUACCGAUCACCACAGAAGAAACUUCGAUUGAACGAUUCAAACGUUGAUAUAUCUCAGAUCGAUUCGAAUAUUGAUAUAUCUCAGAUUGAUAUGAAACAAUACUAUAAGGAAACAUUUUUUGAGGAUCCUUGGGCCAAUUUAAUAUAA